ACGCUACCUACCCGACCUCUUGCCUCCUACACGACGUCCACAGGAGGACGAGGCAGGCAGGGCAGGCAGCGGUCUCACACCUCCUCCACCACCGCUACCACCACCACAUUCACUCACUCACCCACAGUCUUUCGUUCUUUCAUUCUCACCACCCGCUCACCCAACUACCGCCACUCGUUCCUACUACUGCCUCCUACUGCUUGCCGCACCUCGCCUUCUGGCCACGGACACGUACCUCCUCCGCCACCGACACGGUCCGCUGCAGGUCGCCUCUGUCGAUACCUGUAGGCGAUUCAUUGAAACCCUCCGCAGCAUCGUAACGCGAGCGGUCGGUCAUGAGGUGCUAAGGUCGACAGACGCUCGCAUGCUUUGAUAUCCUAUCUUCAUUCUCGCAUUACUCCUGUCGCUGGCGCUACUCACGACAUCCACAUCGACAUCCGACAUCGACAUCAAAUAACACCACGACGACCCGCCUGCCACCACCUCGUUAGGCGCGCACACACAGCAGCAUCCAUCGCAUGCGAUGCGGAACAUCCUACAGCAGUUGCUCGCCCUCGGGCCAGAGCUUACUGCCUACAUCAUCACCACACCCAUUUUCCUCGGCCUGCCGCGCGCACAAGCAGCCGUCUUUGCACAGACCGCCGUACCAUCACCGAAUCUCGAUCUAUCGCAACUAGGCAGGGUCGCAGUGGGUGGAGACUUUGACAGCAUAUCACUCUACACGUAUCAAGGGCAGAAUGAGAACCAAUCCACCAACGGCAGUCAAUCGCUGCUUACGCGUUAUCCCGAUGGCGCUUUUCAGUCGUUGGCGCUCGCGGAUGCGGAUGCAACCAUAGCGGCCAUGUGCGCAUUCGUGUCGACGGAUGGCACGCUGAACGGAGUGGUUGUAGGAGGUAAUUUCACAAGUUUGGGAGGAGUAAGAGCAGAUGCCAUUGCGCUCUGGAACCCAUCGACAAAUGAGGUGACGGCGCUGGAUGGUCUGUCGGGAGGGCCUGUGAACGCCGUGUAUUGCGACAACGAUACUGGUACAGUAUAUGUCGGAGGGAAAUUCAUGGGAGGUAACUCAACGAAUGCUCUGGCUUGGACCAAUGGAUGGGUGAACCUACCCUUCGCUGGCUUCAACGGUCCUGUAAACACCAUUACGAAGACCAGUAAUAACCGCAUUGUCUUUGGCGGCAGCUUUACUGGACUUGGAAACAUGUCCACGCCGUCGACACCCGAUCAGCAGGCUAUCAACGUUGGCUCAGGGACUAUCACUGCAUCAGGAUCUUCGUCCACGUCUGGCUUCAGCGACCCUAACAAUAUCAUCUGCAAGACUGGUGCGCAGCAAGGAACCGGGAACACAUGGCUUCUCGCCGACAACACUGGAGGCUUUUGGCAGUCGUCCCUCGGCUUCGGCAUCAAUCCAACCAUGUUGCGACUUUACAACGCCGACUAUGAAGGACGUGGCACCAAGAGUUUCUACUUCGAGGAGAUGAAUGGUGGAGGCGUUCUCAACUUGACCUACGUCGAUCCAGUGACUGGCCAAAACGCUUCUUGCGUGAGAUUCUGUCCUUUACCACAAGGUAACACCACCGCGCAGGAUUUCCACUUCGAGCGGCCCAUUGGCCUAAGCGUCUUCCGCGUGUGGAUCACUGACUGGUAUGGCGCUGGCGCUGGUCUCAAUGGCAUCGAACUGUACUCCAAUGACAUCUACAACUAUGCAGUCAACAGUUUCAAUGCUCCUUCCUGCGUCGACACUGCUGCGCCCUCGGACUCGACUGCUCUGCCCGCCAAUGCCUGGACACAGGUUGCCAGUAAAGGCCUUACACCAGCCGACUUCCUUUCUACCACGAUCACCGACGCCGCAAAUGUAGGAGACGCGACAAAAGUUGUGUUCCAGCCCAACCUCCCGCAGUCUGGCAAUUACUCUGUCACGCUCUACACCCCUGGCUGCAUCCUGGACGGCACGUGCGCCACCAGGGGUAUGGUCGAUAUUACGGCCUCUUUGACAUCCAAUGGUUCGCCGGCUACCACGAGCAGUUAUCAGACCAAUAACUACGACAAAUUCGAACAAAUCUACUAUGGCUACAUUGACACCAAUGGUUUCGUCCCAACAGUCACUUUGGCACCAGCAGUCAACCAAGGAGUUCCACUUACGGUCGUUGCGUCGCGUGUCCGCUUCGAGCUCAUCUCCACCACUGGUGGCGUCGGUGGUCUCAAUGGUCUAUACGAGUACAACCCAGAUGAGGCGCAGACAAGCACCAACUACACUAGUUCGGCAAUCAAUCGUGCCGCCAUCUCGCUGGAUGCUGGAGCAAGCUUCGCUAGCAUUGCCGAGCACAAUGAUGUUUUGUAUGCUGCGGGAAGUUUCACUGGCAAGGGAUCGGCGAAUGUGAUGUCUGUCGCUGGCGACGAUGCUACUGCCCUUCCCCGCGGUGGGUUGAACGGAGAAGUCCUUGAUAUGUACCUGAACGACACCGUCUUGUAUUUUGGUGGCACUUUCAACAACACUGCGAUGGAACCCACCGAGGGAUUGAACAAUAUUGCUGCCUUCUCCAUUGACAGCAACGAGUGGUCUGCUCUGGGUGCAGGUGUCAAUGGUGCCGUGUUCAACAUUCUGCCUUUAACGAUGAACAUCACAAGCGAUAACGAGCAGCCUACGUUCGCUGUCAGCGGCAACUUCACUUCCGUGAAUGCGUUUGGCAACAAUGCUGCCUUCGAGUCGAGCGGGUUCGCUAUCUGGGUACCGAGUGAGAGCAACUGGCUUCACAACCUUGCUGGAUCUGACAGUGCCCUGAACGGUCGGCUCACCGCAUAUUCUACCGUGCCUGACAUGCAACCUGUAUACGGCGGCAUGAUCUCGUCCCAAGGGCUGGACUUCAGCGACGUGGUGGAGCUGGUUGGCUCUGGCUCUCCUGAAUUGCAGUCGCUUGGCAUUCAGCUCUCUACCAACCGCGACAACUCGAAUACCAGCACCGCCUCAGUCCGUAAGCGAGCUUUGUCCGACGACGUCUCCGGCACGAACUACACCGGUGUGUACGACGGUCUGUUCUACUCCGAGAGCAGCCUCAACAUUACCAUCCUCGGUGGAAGCUUCAGCACCAUGGCCAGCAAUGGCAGCACCAUUGAAAAUUUGAUCUUCAUCAACGAUACCGAUUCUUCUCAGUCUGUCAGCGGUGUUAGCGGUCUUGACUCGGACUCGAUCUUCGUCGCCAUGGAUACGUACGAGACAAUGCUGUGGGCCGGAGGUGCUAUCAACGGUACUGUGAACGGCAAUACUGCGACUGGCCUCGUUGUCUAUGACUUGUCUGCCAACAGAUACGCUGCUCCCCACCCACCGGCGCUUGGGGGCGAGAAUGUUGUCGUCAACGCAAUCACAGCGCAGCCUGAUGGUACUGAUGUGUAUGUUGGCGGAGACUACUCUACCGCCGGUUCACUUCCGUGCGGGCCCCUCUGCUACUACGACACUGAAGCAUUACAGUGGCAAAGCACUGGGAGUGGUCUUUCGGGUGUCGUGUAUGCCAUGAUGUGGUCCUCCAAUACAAAAUUGAUCAUCGCCGGCAAUCUCACGAUCAAUAACAACAUGACAACAAUGGCCACAUACGACACCAAAGCGCAGACCUUCACCGCAUAUGAGGGAGCUUCCAGUCUUCCGGGUCCGGUGUCCGCGAUAUCUGCCGUGGACAACGCGUACAAAGAGCUGUGGGUUAGUGGCAUCUCCAGCACAAACCAGUCCGUGUUUUUGAGCAAGUACAAUGAUGGCACAUGGACUGGCGCUUCUGGUCUGGGUGACUCGACGUCUAUUCGCAAACUUCAGAUUAUGCCUCUGACAUCAAACCACGCCAGCAGUGACCUGGUCGCGGACGACCAGGUGCUCAUGAUUCUUGGCAACAUCAACAUUCCUGAGCAAGGCAACGCGAGCGCAGUUCUCUUCAACGGCACCAUGUACGAACCGUACAUCCUGACUAGCAUGGACAAUGGAAGUCAGGGCAGUUUGUCUGCAAUUUUUGUCCAGAAUCCGCAGAACUUUAUGACCAGUAAGAAUCAUGGUCUUGCGCUUGGCGUCAUUGUAGCAAUUGGUCUGGCGAUCGCCCUUGCCAUCACUGGCUUGGUCAUCUUGCUGGGCAUCUUGCUUGAGCGACGCAGACGACGCAUCGAAGGUUAUGUGCCGAUAACAGCGGACAAGAGCGCGAAUGUGAACCGGCUGCCGCCUGAACAGCUCUUCUCGAAGCUGGAAGGAGGCGGCCAAGCAGCGCCGAGGGUUUAGAAGCUCCCCAGCGCUGCGCGUGUGCCCAGAUGUGCCCAUCUCAGGUCUCGAGGGCUCAAGAAAGCCAGCAGCGUCACGCCGUCAUGAUCACGAAUAUCACCAGAGCCGGCACUUUUUGGACCGACAUGUGUUGGGUCCAAGAAAAUUUGAUUGUUUUAACGUCGCCAACACGGAGGGGUGGGGGUGAUGCAUUGAUUGCACAAACAAAGAUACCACUUUUGUUACUGUAGGCCGCGAGCCUUCAUUUUGUUUAUUGCUGUUUAGGAGAGGAUUUCUCUCUCGUCCCGGUGUGCUGCAUAUGCGUACUGUGCGUUUUACUUGUCAUCUGAGUGGGUUGGGAAGCAUAGCACGGCCGUUGCAACACAUACACUAUCUCCGUGAGUGGCUGAUGGCUUGAGCAGCGCUCUGAGUUCGUACACACACUACACUGUCAUGGAAGUGUUAAUAGGAUCAGCCACUAAUGUAUAUGGUGCAAUGCUUGGGAGAAGUCGAGUUGGAUCAGGAGAGGGUGAGGAGACUGGGGGGAAACAGCUGGAGAUUGAGCAAGUAGACAGACAGGAGACGCAAUGUGAAUGAGAGAG